UACUUGCUUCAGUCAAAAGCUGCCACAAUUCAGCUCAGAAGGCCGGGGGCCAUCCGGAGCCUGAUCAUUUUGAAAGCGCGUUGAUUAUUUGCUGUUCUCAAUCUGUUGGCGAAGUGAAAGCGUGGACUUGUGGACCAUCUUAGGUCAGUAGUUUUGGGGCACACUGCACACAGCUGCGGGCGGACCCUAACAGCAUCUUGCAUGCACCACUAAUUUGUAGCUAUAUAAGCUUAAAAACUCUCGAUCGAGCGCGAGAACUUGGCUUGACCAUGAAUUGACAACUCGGAGCUGACUGGCAGUGCGCAGGUUGGGUGUUUGAUCCGCCGUUACUUUGAGCGCUCUUGAGGUCAAGCAACGCGCAUCAUAACAACAGUACUUUGAAAGACCUGCUGAAGCUUUCCUUGAAGAUCCAAAUGCCCCCCACCAACAGAUUAGCAAGCGCAUCCAAAGAAAGAGUCUUCAAGUUGUUGCCCCCUAAAUCAACACCCUCGAAAGACAAGUGUAUAUUACUACAUUACUCCCAUUCUUCAUAAAGAGCCUGCCCUUUGGUGGCCAUAAAAUCUUGAAGCAGAUUGACGGGCCACUUUCUGGUCGGUCCUAAGAAACAGCCCUUAACAACGUGAGAAGAGCUGUCGUAAUUAGAAAUUCCUACAGAGGACCUGCACUUUGACCUACUACGUACCGCUGACGUCAGCAAUGGCGGUCCGAACCGCAGUCCUCCUGCUGGUGCUUGGCGUGGCUUGCUCAGAGGCGAGGAGGCCCAUAGAAGAUAUUGGAAGCUACGCGGAGCCUUGCGAUCUGUAUGGGGCUCCGUACUCGUGCUACGAAGCAAACGGCAGGAACCCCGUGUGCUGCAAGAGUCGCUUUUGCCAAUUGGCGCCCGACGGCAGGGCCGAAUGCGGUCCCCUCUGCGAUCCGCUCAGUAGGGCACCCGGAGCGUGCUUCAAUAAUGACAAAACGAAGUUUGUCUGCUGCUCGUUCGCUCAUCCCUGCCCAGCGAACCCCGGUCCAGAGCCCACGUGCUUUAGUAUCCCAGUAAAGACACUCCAUACCCAAACCCUUGCUCCAGUACACACCCAUACUAUGACCCUCGCUCCAUUGCACACCCAACUCCUCGAACCUAACCCAACCCCGGCCUGCGACCCCAGCUCGGGUCAGCCUAACCAGUGCUUUAACCGCAACCUUGACGCAUCGAAGUGUUGCCCCGAGGCCUGCGCCGCGGACCCGGGUGACCUGCCCGCCUGCGCGUGAGACUGCGGGUGACGUGGCCGCGUUUGCGCGGGGCAGUGGCCGGAGGGAUCCCCCCGUAGCGGAAUCGGCCGGCGCGGCCAUCCAGGGCAUGUAAGCGGUCGGUAAGAUGCCCCGAAGGCGCGAGAGCCGUGGCGUGGCACUUGAGGACCGUCUUCGAGAGUGGCCGGUAGACUGUGCCGGGAGGUGUGCCGUUCCUGCCAAAAGAUACACUUCUGCCACGUAACGAAACCCUAGAAGCGUCAGAUUUUCGUUAGACAUCUCCCUCCGAAAUGUCAGAAGGGGAAAUGUCAAAAGAACUUCCUUUGUGCAGAAGUAUUGGUCGAAAUCACAUCCAUACGUAGAGUUUGCCUAUAUGAUGCUAUUUCUAUAGCGGCAUAGCUUCGCAGAAUCUAGUUCAUGAUCGAGCUGGACAGAUUUGAGAGUAUUUAUUUUCCGCUUGGGUCUACAUAGUUGCUUCAGUAGCGACCAGCGAGAGGGGAAGUGGCAACUCAGAUGCACCCCCUCGUGAAUCAUACUGGAUGAAUUGAUGCUUGUCUCAUUCUACAAACCGCCAGAAGCUUCUCCUUAC